AUGAGAAACAGUUCGAGGCCGUUACUGGAAGACAAGCAACAGCUGCGUUCAGUUGAGGUCCAAACGGACGAUCUGUACCUCAUCACAUCCGCUUUUCCUCCGCAAUUAAGGAGGACGAAUGUAAGCGAAAGUAGCGACAGCGAGAACGAGCACGAUGCGCUGAUGGGUGGCCAGGUCAGCCCCAACAGUUGGCCUCAUCGUCGAUGGGCCAGCAUCACGGAGAAACAAGUACCCGACGAAGAGGAUGCAGCCGACAUCAUCAUCAACCUGGGCUCUAAUAAGAGCAGCGUAUCCCUUGCUCACACCGCGCAGCAUUUAGCGACUCAGCCAUUGAACGAUUGUCCGGCCGUUGGGUUUCGACUGAGCCAAUCGGCCGCUUCGUCCAUCGUCCGGCUCGACGGAGACGCUUGGUCGGAUAGUAACGAAGCUUAUUACAGGCUCCAAUCACUGGGCAUCAUCGUCUGUAAGACUCCAAGCUCGACCGACAUACUUUAACACAUUUUUUUGUUCACAUAUAUUUCAAGGAACAUCUUCCAUGACUGGUCAUUGUUUUCCCUCCCGGUUUCGUGUAACAGGCUCAAAUCAAUGAUGACGUUUUUUUGAAUUAAAAGAAUUACCAUUCCAAUCAUCCGAUCAUAAUAGCGAACAAUCCAUGGAAUUUUUGAUUUGCAGUUUGUAUUCAGAAAACAAAAAAUCUGGACACCAAUUUUCAUCUUUUUUCAGAUGUGUCAAGCCAAUUGGAAGAAUGAAUAAUAUAUUUUUUUAAAAAUAGGAAACUCAAAGUUAAUGCACGUUUCGAAUAAUCUUUGUCCGUUUGCCGAGUCGUGUAUCUUUUGCGUUGUGUCACACAUCAAUCGAUCAUGUUCGUGUUGAUCCACGGUCUUAGCAACGCCACAUUCGUGUAAACACUUGCAGUUUCAGUUUCACUUUGGCACCCUGCAAUCAAAACAAAACCAAA